UGCAGGAUCCCAGCGGAAACCAGAGCGGGGAGGGCUCUUCCUGCCCGGGGGAGGCUUCCCAGGAGUGUGAGGGAUUUACAGUCACCACCUCUCGCUGCCCAUCCCCUGCAGAGUCGCCCUGAAGGCCAUGUGCAGUGGCAAGCUGCAGACAGCCUUGCUGGUGGCUGGCUACUUUGUCUACCUGCUGGUGGGUGCUGCCGUGUUCCAGGCCCUGGAGAGGACUGCUGAGAAGCAGGAGAAAAUGGCAGCUGCCCAGAUGAAGGAGGCUUUUCUGCAGAACUUCACGCAGCUCACGGUGGCAGAGAUGGAGCAGUUCAUGAAGAACCUGAUUGAAGCCAUUCAAAAUGGAGUAUACCCCGUUGGAAAUGAGUCACAGUUUGAAGAGAGCAACUGGGAUUUCAGCAACUCCUUCUUCUUUGCAGGCACAGUUGUCUCCACAAUAGGCUAUGGCACAUUACAUCCUAAAACUGCUGGGGGACAGAUCUUUUGUGUGUUUUUUGCUCUUUUUGGAAUCCCUCUGAACAUUGUUUUUCUGCACCGUGUCGGUAAGAUGCUCUCACUGCUCUGUAAAAAGCUGGGGAAAUUCCUGUACGAGAAAGGAAUGAGAAAGAAGAAGAUCAAAUUUCUGACCCUUUUGUUCUUCCUGGCAACGGGGAUCCUGGUUUUUCUGUGCUUGCCAUCAGUCUUCUUCCAGAUAACAGAGGGCUGGUCCUACAGUGAAGGAAUUUAUUUUGCAUUUAUCACCCUCAGCACCAUUGGCUUUGGAGAUUAUGUUGUAGGCAAACAGUCUGACAGGAAAUACUUUUCCUACUAUCGAGUGCUUGUGGCCAUUUGGAUUCUUUUUGGCCUUGCCUGGAUUGCUCUGCUGUUUAAUUUAUUGACAACAGUACUAGAAGAUACUGAAAAAAUAAUUGUCAAGGAUCUCCGGCAAAUUGGAAAGGUGAGUAAGGACAAUGUAGGAAGCCAGCAAAGAAGAUGCUGGCCUGUUCAGUUUAUUCCAGAAGAAGAACCACUACCACCACGUGCUGGAGGGGAUGCAAUGAAAAUGGAGUCAUUAACAGCAGAUUCUGAACACACAAAAAAUGAGAAAAAGUGUUUCCUAAUAGCAAAACUAUUGCCGUAACGUGUUGAGAAUUGAGUUCUUCAUUGGAGAAUUGCUAGUUAAUUAUUCUAAAGAAAUUCCCAUAGAAAUAAAAUUUCUCCUACCUUUUGCUGAGAUAUGACCUUUUAGAACUCAAGACUUGCAGUUACACAAAGCCUGGAUAUUAAUGGUAAGAAAUUUGCUCCUCAGUUUGCAGCUAGGUUGUGCUAACAGCCUGAGAAGUGCACUUGCUUUGCAAGGUGUUUUUAAGGUGCUUUCACAAACAUGCAGAGGAGGGGCAUGGAAGAACUUGCUGCUUCUGUUUGGAUUUUGCAGUUUGCAAGAAAUCAUGUCUCUUCCAGGAACUGACAUGCACAAGCUUUUCUGGCAUUGCAUAGCACUUUUGGAAGAAGAAAUAAGGGUAGAUAACUUAACAGGUGCCUGACUUGAGCCAUCAUAUUGGAUCAAGUGUUAUGGUCUGAAAGACAUGUUUAAAUGACAAGACUUGAGCUCAGUUCAGAGACACUUGAAGCAUCUAAUGGAUAGGGUUAUGAAAAGGUUAGCAUGUUAGAAAUGAUUGAUUCUACCUCUUCCUCUUUUAUACUAAGAUGAAUAAAGGCAAUUUCAGCUUUUAUCCCUGUGGCUCUGAAAAACUUUUCUGAUGGUGUUUAUAAAAAAACCAUGUCUUUAAUUCGAUUUUUAUAAUAAUUUUAUUCUGCAAGUUUUUCAUGAGAACAGAGAGCAGUUUGAAGGGAGGAGUCCUUGCUGCUAUGUUUUGAUUCCAUAGGAACUAUGAAGCCAAUUAGCAAUGAUUCUGCGGUGCUGUUGCUCUCCAAGGGUGAGUGGGGUAUAAACCUUCAACCAGGUGGAAAAAAAAGGAUGUCAGGUCUGGGCAUGGUUUUUCAGACAUGCUGUCUGGCCUGCAGGCCACUUCUGGGUGAAGACUCUGACCUCCAAAGGGUUUAUCUAUGUGUCACAGGCCUUAUGUGUGCCAAAAAUACAUGGAAACCCAGCCCUGAAGAGCUGGCCAAGCAGCUGGGGUAGACAGUCAUAGAGGUGAAACAUCCCAUGUGGGUUUGUGGUCACACCGAAAGUCAGUCCAGCCCAACACCAUCUCUGACCAUGCCUAAUGUGUCCCCCAGCAGUGCAGGGAUCAGGCAGCUCUGCCAUGCCCCAGCACAGGGGCCAGGCCCUCUGCCAGCCUGGCACAAGGCUGCCCAUGCAGGAAAUGGGGUCUGUACAUCAAAAUCCACGAAGUUGCCCAAAUGCUGAGCUCACAGCAGCACCCACAGGAGCCCCCAAGGCAGUCCAUAGCUUGAGUGCACCAGGUCCCUCACUCUGAGGUGACUUCUGACUUCGACAGUGCUGAAGCUGUCACUUGACAGGUUGCUGUGAGCCCCUCAAGCUCCUGUUUUGUCAGACUGAGUAAUUGUUUUUUGCUCACCCUCUGGGUGUUACUUACAAAAUGACCAGCCCAUGCCAGAGUUAUUCCUGUAUGAAAGGGAGAAUAAAUUACAGCUAUAAAGCAAUUUCAGGUCAUAAAGAUGCAGUCAGCCUUGAAGCUGGAUUCAUAACUAUCUCAGUCAAACAGAGCCAUGCUUCUUGCCAAAGCAAUUCUGCUGGUUCAAGACCUGGCAUGUGGACCUGGCCAAAUAUGUACUUUCUUCCCCUCCAGAAAUUAUUUUUUAUUUUUGUUACUCUCUAGGCUGACUUCUCACCUCGUAUGUCUCACUGUCAGUAAAUGUUUUUGAGGCAGCAGGAGCAAAACCUGACUGAAAUCAAAGAAGGGUAGGAGGCACCAGAGCCAAGCAGAGAAAGCAGCUGGAUGCUCCCAGGCAGGGAUCUCUUCACCUCUCUGUUUCCCCUCUCACUGAGCAUUAACCCACAUUAUUAUU